AUGAAGUGGGAUAUUUCGAGUUUGUAUGCUAGACUUAGGUUAACGGAGAUGGAAGCUCAGGUGCUGGAGGUUGAAGAAGCAGAGAACGGGCUCUCGGUGGAAAAAAGGGCAAAGUGUAUCGCUUUCAGGGUUCUUGUCGACCGGGAGGUGAAUAAGGGGGCUUUGAAGAAUACUUUGCUCCAGCUAUGGCAACUCGAAGGUAUAUCAUUGCCGGAGGGGGCUGCUCAACCUCAGAUGAAUCUUCCUGUUUCUAACCCUGAUCUUCCGCAGACUGGCAUUGAUCUUAUUUCAGGGGAGACGGUGGUGGAAGACAUUGGGAAAGACCCCUGUGCCGACAUCCAAGAGAUGGAUAGUGGUGGGGAUGCUCAACCAUCUGGGAGUGAACUCAUGGAUUCGGGCCAGAGUAAAAACUGGAAAAAGAGGGCUCGUUCAAGCCCAGGUCCAGCCGGUCACCAGGCUAUGGAGGAGGAUGGAUAUGAGCCCAAUUCUUGGAGCUCAAAAGGGCAGGAGGUUGAGGGGUCUGAGGGCUUGGGAUCCCUGGGUCAGAUUGUGCGAUUCUCUUGUCUGAUGGUUAUGGCCAAGUUCCCAUUUUUGGUUGCCUGGUGGUGUAUAUUUGUUUCACCAGCUUGGCUUUUGCUUGCUGUGGACACUAAACUUGAGCAUAUUAUCACACGAUUGGCUGAAGAAGUUGCUCAAAAACAUUCAGCUGUUGCAGGGGACUUGAUAGUUAGGCCUUCUGGUGAUCAUUUCCGGUUCCAAAAAUCGCGUCUUGUCCUUGUGUUGAUUCAUAUAAUUCUAUUCCAGAAUUCCUUUGAGAUUGCUGUUUUCUUCUGGAUGCUGGUUCUAUUUGGUUUUGACUCAUGCAUCAUGGGACAAGUUGGUUAUAUUGUUCCCAGACUUGUCAUAGGUUACAGUACCCUACCACCGUACGCAAUUGUCGCGCAGAUGGGAAGUUCAUUCAACAUCGCCAUAUUUGAUGAUCAUAUAAAAGUUUCUGCGGCUGGUGGUGGCAGGGUUGGUGGCUCUAACCAAGUGGUGCGUCAAGAUUCUCUUGUGGCUGUGAGAUCAGUUGAGAUGGUAGGAAAGGAAGAUGCAGAGUCUGCAUUGUAUCAAGGCAAAGCACUAGAAAUCCAGCCUGCUACGACUCUCCCAUAA